GCUGCGUCUGGUGUUGCAGUGGUGACUGUGUGUGAGGAGAGGACUGGGUCUGCGGCUGUGACUAGACUGUGCUGUGUUGUCGCCGGUUCGGCUCUGCUUAUCCCUGAUAAAACAAGCGGGAAUGGAGGAAGACGGGGCUGUGCCAGAAGAUCUCUCGUCUGAGGAGAGAGAAGAAUUGUUAAAUAUAAGACGGAGGAAAAAGGAGCUUAUCGAUGACAUAGAGAGGCUGAAGUUUGAAAUUGCAGAGGUGAUGACUGAAAUCGACAACCUAACGUCUGUAGAAGAAAGCAAAACCACACAGAGGAAUAAACAGAUAGCUAUGGGGAGGAAAAAAUUCAAUAUGGACCCCAAAAAGGGCAUCCAGUUCCUCCUCGAGAACGACUUGUUGCAGAACACGGCGGAGGACAUAGCGCAGUUUCUAUACAAAGGCGAAGGUCUGAACAAAACGGUCAUUGGUGAUUACCUGGGAGAAAGGGAUGAUUUUAAUAUCCAGGUACUUCAAGCAUUUGUUGAACUCCAUGAGUUUGCGGAUUUGAAUCUUGUCCAGGCAUUAAGACAGUUUUUGUGGAGCUUCAGGCUACCAGGGGAAGCCCAGAAGAUAGACAGAAUGAUGGAAGCAUUUGCAUCACGAUACUGUCUGUGUAACCCUGGAGUGUUUCAGUCUACAGAUACCUGCUACGUCCUGUCCUUUGCUAUCAUUAUGCUGAAUACAAGUUUGCAUAACCCCAAUGUGAGGGAUAAGCCACCAGUGGAGCGCUUUAUAUCUAUGAAUCGUGGCAUCAAUGAAGGUGGCGAUCUCCCAGAGGAAUUAUUAAGGAAUUUGUAUGAGAGCAUUAAGAACGAGCCCUUCAAGAUCCCAGAGGACGACGGGAACGACCUGACACACACGUUUUUCAACCCUGACAGAGAAGGAUGGCUCUUAAAGUUAGGAGGAAGAGUGAAGACGUGGAAACGUCGGUGGUUCAUCUUGACCGAUAACUGCCUUUACUACUUUGAAUACACCACGGAUAAAGAGCCUAGAGGGAUAAUUCCUUUGGAAAAUCUAAGCAUCAGAGAAGUUGAAGAUCCUCGUAAACCAAACUGCUUUGAGUUAUUCAAUCCAAGUCACAAAGGACAAGUUAUCAAAGCCUGUAAAACCGAAGCAGACGGGAGAGUGGUGGAAGGAAACCAUGUGGUGUACAGAAUAUCUGCGCCCACACCCGAGGAGAAAGAGGAAUGGAUAAAGUCCAUAAAAGCAAGUAUUAGCAAAGAUCCCUUCUAUGACAUGCUAGCAACACGGAAGAGGAGAAUCGCUAAUAAGAAAUAACCUGUGUGAUUGUGAUGCAAGUAUCACUCCUGGUACGAGUCAUAGGACCAACCUUAACCUGGACUGCAAAUGCCUCAGCAGGCGGCACCACAAGCGCUCCCCCUCCCAGUGCGAAUGUCUGCCAUAGCGCUAUCCACCUCACUCUCCAGAUUCCCAGUUUGUUUGGUUUUUUUAUUAUUAUUAUUUUUUAUGUUCUCGAUUUGAAGUCUGGCCAUUGUGAACUUAAAGACGCCCUCGAAUUCCUCAUCGCGAUGUAAAUAUCCCCUGUCCUCCGGCAAACAACACGAACGCCAUACCCGUCUCUGGUUUCAUUUUUUCUCCUAAAAUGGCAGCUAUGUGAAUGGUACGAAAGCAUAGCGUCAUUUCCGCCACAGCGGGCCUAUAGCUAUCCUGUAAGCUGCUUUUGUCAGUAUAUCCUCUGCUGGACCCUGACGUGAAGGACAAGCCUGCUGCUGCUGCCGCCAGCUGUGGAAAUCUGGUUUAUUUCACAUUCCCCAAAUAGCCACUGAAUAAUGAAUCUAUAAGCUAGCCUGCCCACUGUACAGUUUUUCUAUUUUAUACGAAACGUAUAUACAUGUAUAUAUAUCAGGUAGCGGUGGCUUAUAUUGACGCUACAUAUAACAGCAGGGGGGGUAUUACACAAUUGUGCCUGCUUGUCGGCAAGACAAUUCUGUGUAGAGUGCCUCCAGCUGGUUCCCAAGAGGACGAGUGCAUCCAUCCCUGCAUGAAGUAAGAAUGCGGUGUCUAUGUCACCGCAGCGACUGGUAGGAUUUAUGCCUUAAACAGUCCAAAUCAGCGAUCGCCAGGUCUCCCAAAGGCCUCCUGUUCUUGCCGAUUCAGCCAUUGGGUAUGACGCCCGCUGUGUCACCUGGGUGGAGACGGGAUGAUCCACUUUAAGGUGGCGUCGCAAGGACCUCAAUCACUCUAUAUAUAAUGUACAGGUAUUUGUAGCUGACUUUAUGCAAUGCUCCAUCAAUGCGUGGUUAGAACCAGUGUUCGGUACCGUCGCCUCAUACCGUCACGUUGUCAGUGUUGUCUGUAAUAAUCGUUUAUUUUCUCAGCAUUAUUUUCUGAAAAAAAGCAAGAAAUUGUGUUUUCCAGCAAAACCACAAGUGAAGACCGGCCCACGAGGAGCAGAAUAGAAUGCCUAUGUUAGUUCCUCAGGUGGCCAUGGAUGGGCAUACCAGUUCUGUUACAUUCAUACCUAUUGUAGCGCUUUUGCUUCUGUUUUUUUUUUUGUUUUUUUUGGCUUUGAGUGGAAUAGGAACAGUGUAAUGAGAUAGGUGGUCAGGUGUGGACAAUACCUUUCAUUUGGGGGUCCUAAAGACAAGCAAGCUCUUUGCAGCAGAACAUGGUUGUUGCAUGCGCGGCACCAUCCCACGUAUGUAGGCCUGCGUGUCUACCAACCUGUGAUGGAUUCGGACAGUUUCAGAUGAGUAUGUUCACUCACGUGGGAGCACGAAUUCCCGUAGUGUACUCUGCUCCUUUGAUCGGACUGCAUGGCGUUAUAAUGACUUAUAAGGCUGUGUGUCUCUACCCGACCUUAGCUGUAAUGAUUUGUACUGAUGUAAGGUUGGGCAGCCAAAGGAGCAGAGUUCACUAUGGGAAUUCACGCUUGCACACCGCAGUGAACGGGCUCGUCUGAAAAUGAUCUUGGAUAAAGAGUUUUUCUUAUCAAGACAAUGGCAGGCGUGCAGUCAGCUGAUCGCCUGGUGUCUAGCCGGUGAUCACCCAGUGAUCGCUGAGGAAGCUGCAGUGGCCACUACAGGGGAAAUGUAGUAUUACAUGAUGCUAGCCAUUCAGAGCAGGAGCUAGUUUGUACUGCCUUACUCCUAAUUCCAUUGGCAUCUCUUCUGUUUGAGCGGCAUUAUCCAAAAAUCACGUUACAACUAGCGGUUGUUAACAAUCCCUCUUAGGAGAUGGUGCUUGAUGUAAGCUAAUGGCCUUACAGACGUUACCUACAAGCUGUUUACAGGCAUGAGAAAUCGACGGUGCUUCACAUGGUGACUUGUGUGUGUGUAUAGUGUAUAUAUGUAAAGGGUUAAAUAUUCCAAUACUAUAAGGUAUCUGAACCUGGACCCCCAUUUCAUCAGCUAGUGAGACCAGAUUCUCUGUAUGUGUAAUGUAACGUUGACACACGGAUUGGGCAGCUGUAGAAGUCCCCCAGGACUUUACAGGGACCGCCUCACUGCGUGGUGUACCAUUGGAAGCUCACCGGCGGGACGAAGUCCAGAUACUUAAUCUACUAUUCGUCUUACAUUGAACUUAUUGGGCUCUGCAGAACAUGAGCAGUGCUUACAGAUAUUACAGAUAUUUAGUAUGGACCAUUAAUGGAAAAAGAGGAACAUGUCACAUCACAUCAUCCCGGUCAUCUGUGGCAGACAGUGCUAGAAAUCCCACCUCCCGCAUUCACGUUUGCAAAGGGCCGUCAUAAUGUCUACUCAGAUGGUUUAC